AAAGUCAGAAAUAUAAAUAAUAUUGUUUGCCUUUUAAAAGAACAGGUACAUGCUCUUCUGUAUAUUUAACUUAACGCACGUGUUAUAUGAAUAAGAUGACUACGAAAGAAGAAGAAACUGCAGAAAAUGAAAUUGCUGCAAAGGAUCCUUUUUAUGGCGAUGCCCCAAUACCUGAAGACAGACUGGAGCGUUAUAACAAAGGAACCCGAAUUAAAACAAAAAAGAUAAGAGACAGAAAGUUGAAAGGAACACUUGAUUUAACUGAAAAAAAAUAUGGCUCUGCUGUUAAACAAGCGGCAAGAUAUGAACUUCUUCUCACCGAGGAACCAGGGUUUUUGGAAACAGAGGAGGGUGAGGAGUCAUGGAUGAUCGAUCAGCAAUCCAUUGUUAAAGAAGCUGACAUCGCAAGCGCAAAUAAACAUUUUCAACUUAAGCUGGAAGAGUUCGGACCAUAUAGAAUUGAUUACACAAGAAAUGGAAGACACUUGUUGAUUGGUGGGAAGCGGGGCCACGUUGCUGCAUUUGAUUGGAUGACGAAACGACUCACGUGUGAGAUGAAUGUCAUGGAAUCAGUUGAAGACAUCAAGUGGCUACACACGGAGAAUAUGUUUGCUGUUGCCCAGCGCAAAUGGCUUUACAUAUACGAUAACCAAGGCAUCGAAAUACACUGUAUGAAGAGAUUAAACGACACUCUACGUUUAGACUUUCUUCCGUACCAUUUCUUACUUACAACAACGAACCGGCAUGGGUAUCUACAAUACACUGACAUUUCGACUGGAAAUAUUGUUUCAACAAUCAAUACGAAGGGUGGCCGACUGAACGUUAUGUGCCACAAUCCACACAACGCAGUUGUACUGCUGGGUCACCAUAAUGGUUCUAUAUCUAUGUGGAGUCCAAACCAAAAGGAACCAUUAGUUCGAAUGUUGUGCCAUAAAACUGCUAUACGGUCAAUGGCAGUAGAAAAGCGUGGAAACUACUUAGCUACAGCUGGGCAAGACCGUAAAAUGAAGAUCUUCGACCUACGCAUGUAUAAGCCACUUCACUCCUACCAACUUUCAACAGGACCUUCCAACUUAUGUUUCAGCCAACGUAACCUGUUGGCAGCCACUUCUAAUAACGUUGUUGAAAUCUACAACGAUCCUUGCAUACAGGUCCAGGAACGUCCCUAUUUAGUGCAUAAGAUGAAGCUGCCAGCCGAAGACAUCGCGUUUUGUCCGUAUGAAGAUGUUUUGGGAGUUGGAGCAGCUGACGGAUUCGUGAGCUUACUAGUACCAGGUGCUGGGGAACCGAACUAUGACGCUUUUGAGGCAAAUCCGAACCGAAGUAAGCAACAGCGAAGAGAGUGGGAAGUGAAAGCUUUACUCGAGAAAAUACAACCGGAAAUGAUCUCACUUGAUCCAUUCAUGCUUUCAAAAGUUGAUCACGUGACUGCCGAGAGGUUACGAAAGGACAGGGAGGAGAUAUUGGGUUACGUGCCAGACAAGCCUGCAUUUGCACCCCGCCAUAAGAAGAAGGGCCGCAGCAAAUCUGGUCACGUUGAGAAGCGUAAGAAGAAAGUAAAAGGUGAAAAACUCCGAAACCAUAUUCGUGAUGAGAUGAAAACGAAACGCGAGAUGCUGAAAAAAGACGAGCGUAAAGCUGGGAGACUUCCCCAUACAGUGACCACUGAUGGCUCACAAGUUGAACCCGCGAUAAUGAAAAGCGCUCUCGAUCGGUUUAAGAAGUGACACACCCCUUUUGUUUUUCUAGGAAAAUCAGCGCAAUCGUGGUGACGACCGUUUUUUGCUUUAAAUAAACCAUUUCCCAGAAUACCCUUGACGUAUAUGAGCAUUGUUUUUCAAAAUGAUGUUUUCUCUACUGCGCAUACGGUGUUUGUUUUCUCUAUUGUUCAUGCGCUGAGACGCUACUGUGCAUUCCAAGCUUAAAAACAAAACUUUCA